AGAAUUACCUCCCCUGUUGGACAUGUUUCCGGUGAAUGAAAACGAAAGUACAUGCGGAUCAUCAACAGCAGUUAAGUUUGAAAGAAAAAAGGAAUUAAAAGUAAAACUGGCUCGUGUUGUGCUAAAUCUUAUCAGGCAACCUGGUAUAAAGCUUUCCCGCUUGUCUGCCUUGUUUCACACGGGGAGAGACGGGAUAGAAGAUCUGAAGGACAUGAAACUACAAUCUGUUGUAGGACUGUUGUGUCAGUAUGCCUCACCUAAACUGGCAGGAGACUGGGACAAUGUCGGAUUACUGGUGGAGCCUACAGACCCACAUGAGGUGACCAAGCUGUUUUUGACCAAUGACCUCACUCCUCCUGUACUGGAUGAGGCUAUAGAAGAGAAAGCUAACAUGAUCUUGUCCUACCACCCACCAUUGUUCUCUCCCAUAAAGCGCCUCACUCAAGUUAGCUGGAAGGACCGUAUCAUCACAAAGUGCAUUGAAAAUCGGAUAGCAGUCUUCUCUCCCCACACUUCCCAUGAUGCUCUAGAUGGAGGAGUUAAUGACUGGCUUAUCAGUGCAUUUGAUUUACAGAGCAAAAGUCCAGUUGAGCCAACUGUAAUGCCAAAUAAGAAAUUUAGUAAGAAAAGAAUCUUCACUGUACCUGUUGAUCUCGCUCCAAAACUUAUACAGGGACUCUCUGGCAUAAAGGGGACCGUCACCACAUCUAUAGCAGUUUUCCUUGGUAACCAGGAGAAUGCUACCGAUGUGAUGGAUGUCAUUGGUGAUCAUAUGAAGAAAAUAAAAUCUAUCGAGUCCUACGACCUUCAGAAGGUUGUAUGGCCUGGGUAUGGUAUGGGGAGGAAAGGUACACUAAAGGAGCCACUGUCUCUAGAGGACGCUGUCUCUCUAGUAAAGAAACAUACCAACUUAGAACAUGUACGGCUAGCUGCCUCCCCAGGAGAGUCUCUGAUCAGCAGUGUUGCAGUGUGUGCUGGAUCAGGUGGAGGGGUCCUGAGGAAUGUUCCGGCAUCACUGUAUGUAACUGGUGAGAUGUCUCACCACGAAGUACUGCAUGCCGUACACAAUGGUACUAGUGUGAUUCUCUGUGACCAUAGUAACACAGAGCGGGGAUACCUUCAUGUGCUCAAACAGGAACUCGACAAAUUAUUUAAAGGGAAAAUAGACAUUGUUAUUUCUAGUAAAGAUCGAGAUCCAUUGGAAGUAGUAUGAUUUAGGUUUCUAUUAAAAUAAAAGAUUUGAAGAAAU